AUGUGGCGCAACAAUCCCGACCUGCAUGAUCACCUCCGCGGUGGACGGCUGGCAGUCAAGCGGCACCUCGGCAAGGUCACCAAAAGAGGGCGGUGGCAAGCGGCCACGGGAACCAUGGCAGCCCUCCAGCUGACGCUCGAGCUCCCGGGAUGGACGGCCCAGGAGCCAGACAAGUGGACAGACCACGCAGGGACACAGUGGCAGAUCAGCGACAACCUCACCGAAGUCGAGGAGGCCAUCAAGGAGGCAGCAGCAAUCAGCUUCUGGAAGCAAGCAAGCAGACACCCGGAGGGCCAAGGCCUGCACGAAGGGGCCAAAGUCCGCAGCAUCCGGGCCAGCGCCCGGCACGUUCGGAAGCCCGAGCGACGCCAGGGAGCUGGAGCUCUCGGAGCAGCAGCUUGCGCAGCCACCUGGACUAACCAGAAGUGCCAUGCGGCAGGGAACAAGACGGCAGCCACGUGCACGCGCUGCGAGUUGGGGAUCAACGACACGCCCUCCCACCGCUUCUACGAGCGCCCAGGCACCAAGGAGAUCGAGCACCCCUGGGUCGAGAGCACACCAGUGACCUGGGUGCCAGAGCACUUGCAGUACGCGACGACCCCAUGGAGGCAGAUGUGCCCAGUGGACCCGCCCACCCCCCCCCAAUGGGACAGCCUCGACAACGAGUUCUCGACAGUCAGCGGGGAGCACUUCCAGUGGGAACGUGGCACCACCAGCGCCACUCGUGCCUUCACCGACGGCUCCAUCACCACCUCGGGCAAGCGAACGGGACGAGCGGGCUGGGGAGUGGCUCUGAAGCUGUUGGAUGGCGCGGAGGGGUACAGUCGGCACGACACGUCUCCAGGAUGGUUUGGAAUCCUGGACGGCGACCAGACGAUUGGAGCUGCUGAGCUUACGGCAAUCAUGUGGACACUAAAGUUCACGAAGGGACACAUGGAUAUCAUAUCGGACUCGCAGAUGGUUGUGGACGGCUGGCACAGCUUCAACUACAUGAACCCCAGCGGGCCCCUGGCCCGAUGGUGGCACAGGACAAGGCAGCCCAUGGACGUCACAAGGGGCAACGAGAUGGCAGAUGGGUACGCCCAACGUGGAGCAGAGACCGCAGCCAACCUCACAGCACCGCAGGUGGAGGCACCCAACCAGCGGGAACGGCUGCUAAGACGGGUGCACAGGCGUAUUGGAGCAGCCACCUCACACAUUGCCCGCAUGGUCCACCCCAAGCUGGAGCGUGACCGACGAGCAGGAGCGCACGGCAAAUCCUUCGAGCACCGCAAGCAGAUGGAGGCUACCACGGGACAUUGCUUGCACAAGCAGGCGGACGGCAAGUGGGUACGUCUUGAAUGUGGCAAAGGACCAGGGAAGUACUCAGUUACGGACUGGAUGCAGAACAACGCUUGCAGCUCCAUGCCUAUGAUAGCCAACCUGCACGACCACGCCACGGCGGUCAUCAAGAGCGAGUACGCCAAGCUACUGCCCAACGCGGCCAUUCACACCAGUCACAACCUUGGUUACCUCCAUGGGCAAUGCUGGUGCUGGACUUGCGGAGCUAAGGGGUCGCUCAAGACCAACGGAUGCAGACGAGUAUUGAGACUCAAG